AUGCUGGCCGCCUCGUCAUGGCUGACUUUGACGGCCUCUCAAGCAGCUUCCCUCGUGGAAUUUCGCGGCCUCUUGAGGCUUUUCGAAGGCCACUGCACCGUCGUUAACCAGGAAGACGACUGCGACACUAGGCUCAACGCUUGCACUGGCAGCUCCAGAAAGCUGGAGCCUGUGGCACGCUGGGCCAUUUUUACGGACAAUUCAGCCAUCCCAUUCACUUUACGAACGACAGAAUCUUGGUCAAAGGCGCAUGGUCGGUGCACGCUGCGUCGACAUUAUGUGUUUGUUCCCUUGCCAGGAAGUGUCGUCAUUUCUUCUCGUGUGGUUCUCUACUUUGUAAUGAUAGCAGCCCAACGAAUGUAA